AUGAUUCCAUAUAAAGGCUUUGACCGUCGUAGAUGUUGGAGGAAACAAAUGGCAUUGAGGGCAGAAGCUGCUGAUGAUGAUGAUGCAGAUCUUGAAGAACAAGCAACCACAAUGGCUAAGCGAUUACAAUGGCAAAUUGAUGGUGAAAUUGGUGAAUUGGAAGCCGAAAUACAUAAAAAAAUGACAGAGUUCCAGGGUCUAACAUUUGCGCAAUGGUUCGACUUUUCCAUAAGGAAAUAUUUUUUACGUCAAGUUAAAUCAAUGGAUAAUAUCAGUGCUUCUGGAGACAAAAAAGCAAAUGCUCCGGAAAAACCUAACGAUGCUUUAUUAGCUCUUUACGGCCAUAUAUUAGCAAGUGCCAGGAGUUAUAUUGGUGCUAUUGUAGCGAGGUUCAAAAUUAAUGAUAUUAAUUACAAUUUAUCAGGUUAUUACGCACGUGCUUAUGCUGAAAACCCAAAAGACCCCGUAAUUAGUUUAUCUAUCGGACUUGCAUACUUGCAUCGGGCGAUGCAGAGACAAACCGAUAAUAGACAUCUGCAGAUUAUGCAGGGCUUUACAUUCUUGUAUAAUUAUUAUGAAUUGAAAGCUCGUAAUCAAGAAGCAGAAUAUAAUCUUGGAAGAGCAUUUCAUCAAUUAGCAGUGCCUCAUUAUAAAAAAGCUCUUGAAUUGCCAUCUUUACAAAAAGUUCUUAGAGAACAGGAAAAGGGGAAUAAUAAUAUAAGCGAAAUUAUUGAUGAAGAUGAUCCAACAGACUUGAAAAAAGAAGCUGCAUACAAUUUAUCUCUUAUUUGCAUUGAAAGCGGCUCCGUUGGAUUAGCUGCUAAUCUUCUGAAAAAGUACUGUACUAUAUGA